GUGAUCAGUUCAGGUCUCCCUUCAGUGCAGAUAUUCUACCAGGUAACAGGGAGUAGGGCGGCUGCGACAGUGAUGCAAGUCUGGGUAAUACUUGUAUUUUAUAACUCGCUAUGCUCUCAGUGGAUUGCAUCGGGGAGAAUAGCCUGGGCCUUAGCACGAGAUGGAGGCCUUCCAUUUUCACAAUACUUCGCUCACGUUGACGAAGGCCUAGGCUUUCCUCUACGCACUACGAUACUCGCAAUAAUAUUUUGUGCUGUCUAUGGGCUCGUAUAUCUUGGAUCAACCAACGCAUUCAACUCUAUUGUGACAUCGGCAGUACUAUACCUUAAUAUAUCGUAUGCUAUUCCGCAAGUGGUUUUAUUGUUCCGCGGGCGAAGCAUUCUUCCUGAGCGCCCGUUUCGACUAGGACGGAGACUUGGAAUAUUUUGUAACUUGUUUUCCCCAUUUGCGGUCAUUGUCCUUGCUGUUCUGUCCUGUUUUCCGGUCAGUCUUCCGACGACUGUUGAAAGUAUGAAUUACUCAAGCGUCGUGUUGGUUGGCUUGUUGCUAAUUAUCACCGGUAUCUGGCUUACAAUCGGAAAGAAUUUCAGAGGCCCAAAUGCGGACUUGCAAGUUACAAAUAUGCUAUAAGGUUUGAAAUAUAGUAGGAGGCUGCGCUGUUUUCGUGGGAGGGUUUCGGACUUUCUCCGAAAUAUCUAGAUCAUCGGAAUUGCCGACGGAUACGGAGCCGAUCCGACAAUUCUCGUCGGAGUUGGUCCGAAAACCUGUAAGCAUCGGAACGAUCCGAUACGAACCUUCUCACAAGACAAACCUAUCUGUCGUUGAACCAUAGUGCAC